GUCAGUUUGUGAUGACGGAAAUGAGUGCUCUCUUUAGAUCUAAAUGGUCCUCCUGCUCAUCAUCAUCAUUCCACACCAUUUCUGUACACACCCCUUUUAAAUUUUAAUCUCCUACACACCAUUGUCUUCUGCCUCAAUCUUGAACCCUUUUCAUCUAUAGAUUUGUUACAAAAAAAAGUAACAUGGGCGAGCAAGUAGAAAAGCCACCGGAGGAGAAGAAGCCAGAGGAAGAGAAGAAAGAAGAAGCUAAGAAGCCUGAGGAGGAGAAAAAGGCUGAGGAGUCAAAAGAUGCGGCUCCGGCGCCGCCACCUCCGCCGCCGGAGAUUGUUUUGAGAGUCUUUAUGCAUUGUGAAGGGUGUGCAAGAAAAGUUCGGCGGUGCCUUAGAGGCUUUGAUGGAGUGGAGGAUAUUCAAACGGAUUGUAAGACACAUAAGGUGGUUGUGAAGGGAGAAAAAGCAGAUCCACUUAAGGUUCUUGAAAGGGUCCAAAAAAAGAGUCAUCGGCAGGUUGAGCUUCUUUCUCCGAUACCAAAACCACCGGCCGAGGAGCCGAAAGUGGAAGAGAAAGAGGCUCCCAAACCUGAAGAGAAAAAAGAAGAGCCUCCUCAGGUGAUUACAGUGGUUCUAAAAGUAAAUAUGCAUUGUGAAGCUUGUGCUCAAGAGAUCAGAAAACGCAUUCUUAGAAUGAAAGGGGUAGAUACCGUUGAACCGGAUCUAAAAGCCUCACAAGUAACCGUUAAAGGCACAUUUGAGGCGCCGCAACUAGUGGACUACAUCCAAAAGCGAACCGGAAAGAAAGCCAUCGUCGUCAAACAAGAUCCAGAGCCGAAAAAAGAAGACAAAGAAGAAAAAAAAGACAGCGGAGAAAAAAAAGAAGAGAAAAAACCAGACGGCGAAGGUGAAAAAGAAAAGGAAAAGGAAAAAGAGAAAGACAAAGAGGAGAAAAAAGAUGACGGAGCUAAAGCAGAUGCUCCGCCGGCUAACGGCGGCGGUGGUGACGGAGAUGACACAAAAGUGGUGGAUUUACGUAAGAACGAGUUUUAUUAUUAUCACCCACAAAGUUACCAGUUAGCACCGGUGAGAUACACCGCGGAAACGGCGUAUGGGUACCCACCAGCACCACAAAUGUUCAGUGAUGAGAACCCCAAUGCAUGUUCGGUGAUGUAAAAAUGGCGUCUGACGAGGGGUAUAAUGGGAAGAAAUUAAGGAAGCACGUGGGUAGUGAUCGUCGUGGCGUUCAUGUGGGUUUUGUCUGUGCUCGGCUUCUGUUCAGCAGGAAAAGUUGUAAAACUGUGUGAGGGCUUUUGUACUUUUUUUUUUAAUUUUAUUUUGGAUCCUAAAUGCUGCUGCUUUAUUACAAAAUAUGGUAAAAUAAUAAUGCGGAAAGUUAUAUAUAAAUAAGUUAAAUAAAUUUAACUUUAUAUCUGCUAAA